AUGUAAUUAAAUUAUAAAAUAUCUAUUCCUUCUUUUUAAAUAAGUGAAGAAGAUGGAAGGACAACUCAUUAUCAAAUAAAGGUUCAAAAUUAGAACAAAGAAUGGGUAGUUUAAAAGAGAUAUUCGGACUUUAAAAGGUUGAAGGACAGUUUAACAUAGUAUUUUGGUGAUAUACUACCUGAUUUACCUAAAAAGAAAUACAUAACAUUUUUAGUUGGUAAAUCAGACCAAGAAUUAGAUCAAAGAAGAUUGGAGUUAGAAAAAUUCUUACACGUGAUUUCUCAAAAUGAAAGAAUUAUAAAUAGUGGUUAAUUUUAGAGUUUUUUAAGUUUAACUUAAAGCAAAAUCUAAGUCACAAUUUUGCAAAAUUUUAAAUUUGGAAUAAGAGAUUUUUAUUAUAGUGAAGAUCUACUGAUCAUAUUAAACGCAGAAACUAAUGCUUUAAGCAGAUUUGAUGCAUAUAUUUAGAACAUUAUUGACGAUGAAGCAACAGUUCCAGUUGGCUCAAUAGAAUGCUGGGAACAUUCAGUUAAGAGUUGGACAAAAAAAUAUAAUUCUUAAGCAAUUUGUUUAUAUUUUCAUAAUCAAUCACUUUUGGUUGGUUUAGAUAAUGGAAUGAUCAAUUAUUUAACUAUAUUGCCAGGGAAAAUAAAUACAAGCUAUGAGAUUGAAUAACAUUAAAGCAGAGUGAUGGGAGUGCAUCUAUUUAAUUAGUUGAUUCAUUCUGUCAGCAAAGACUAAAACUAUAGAGUAGUGAAUUUUUAAACUGGGUAAUUGGAAGUUGAUUAUCAUCACAAUUAUGAAUUAACCUGUCUCAAAUUCAAUGAGAUAAGAAAUUGUGCAUUCAUAGGAGAUAGAAAUGGAUAAAUUAUGAUAUUUUAAAAUUCUUCUAAAUUAAUUACCUUGGAUUUCAAUGAUCAAUUUCUAAGAGAUUUAACUGUUGAUCCAAUCAAGAAUUAUUUAAUAGGAAUAUGUUUUUACACUGGUUCUACUAUAGUAUAUGACAUUGGAGGACUUGGUUAGGAAAAAAAUACAAAAAAAAUUACUCAAUUCAAAAACAAAGAUAAAAGUAGGUGUGUGUGUUGGUCAAGUAGCAGAGGAGAAGUGUUUAUUGGGAAUAGUGAUGGAACAAUUACUAUUUGGAGUGCAAAGGAUUGCUCACCUAUAAAGGAGUAUCAAGUACAUUAAGAUGAAAUAACUAAAAUGAUUUGGAAUGAGGAAUCUUCAAUCCUAAUGACUUCCAGCAAGGAUAAAACUAUUAAAAUCAUUUGCCUUCCUAAAAGGUGGGAUGGCGAAAUCAUUAUUGAAAAAUAAAAGAAAAGUUUAGAUGACAUCGAAUAGUGGGAUUAAAAUGAUUGA